AUGGAUGAAACAUACCGCAAGAUUGGUAUAGGACAUGAUAUGACAGUGGAGCAGAGAAAGAAGCCUAGAGAAUUGGUUGAAACAGCCAAGGAGAAGGAAAAAACUGAUGGUGGUUUUUUAUACCGAGUGAAGAGAACGCCUGGAGACCCACAAACUAAUCCAAAAAAUAUAUCACGAGAGUAUAGAGAGGUUGAAUUUGGAGUGGUUGGUUUUAAGUUACUGGCAACAAAUUUUAUGGUUAAUGGUGGAAGGGGUAUUUUUUGCUAUGUGAAAGAUCAUUUAAUAUAUAAGGUUGCGAAUUUAAAUGAUUUUGUUGAUUGUGUGUGGAAACAUUUUGUUGAUGUUAUUGUAAGUUCGAUGAGGCUGUAUAUUCCAAUCGGUGUUAAUAGGAGUCUUGGUACAAAAGUCAAAUUCCCAAUUGAUUUGUUGGAUAAUAUUAAGAAGAAGAAUAGAGUGUGGGAGUGUGGGGGAGAUAUUUAA